UUUAUUUUCGCGGUGUGAUGCGUCUGUUGACGAUGAUUAGAAUUUAUGUGUCAAAAAAGAAUUAUCCCUAAAUUUUGGAUUUUGACAGAUAUCAACGUAAAUAUUCAUCAUGCGAACAGUUUUAAUGGUGGCUGAAAAGCCAUCUUUAGCACAGUCAAUUGCUAAAAUCCUGUCAAAUGGAAAUAUGACCUCUAGAAAAGGAUCUAACGGAGCAUGCUCCGUCCACGAAUACAGAGCCAAGUUCUAUCCAAUAAAUGAGACGGCUUCUUUUAAAAUGACAUCGGUCUGUGGCCAUGUGUUUGGUUUAGAUUUUAUUGGAAAAUACAACAACUGGGAUAAAGUAGAUCCAGUUGAACUGUUUAAUGCCACCACUCAGAAGAAAGAGGCCACAGAAAAAUUACAUAUGCCAUCCUUUCUUCAGAAAGAGGCACGCGGUGUAGAUUAUCUUGUGCUGUGGUUAGACUGCGACAAAGAAGGGGAAAACAUUUGUUUUGAAGUGAUAGACUGUGUUAAAGGUGUGAUGAACAGAAAUGUAGGGGGACAGACAAUCUGGAGAUCACAUUUCAGUGCAAUUACUGACACAGAUAUUAGACGAGCAAUGAACAACCUGGGUGUGCCAAAUGAGAAUGAGUCUCUGUCCGUGGAUGCCAGGCAGGAACUGGAUCUUAGGAUAGGAUGUGCCUUCACUCGAUACCAAACAAAAUACUUUCAGGGGAAAUAUGGUGACCUAGACAGCACACUGAUUUCGUAUGGUCCCUGCCAGACACCCACACUAGGGUUCUGUGUGGACAGACAUGAUAAAAUACAGUCAUUCAAACCAGAAACAUACUGGGUGAUUCAAGUUCAGGUGUCAUGUGAAGGUGCAGAAAGAACAUUAAAUCUUGACUGGGAUCGUGUGAGGAUAUUUGACAAAGAAGUUGCUCAGAUGUUCAUGGGUCUUAUUAAAGCUUCAGAUACGGCAAGAGUUACAGACAUAACAAAGAAGGAAAAAACAAAGGCCAGACCACAGGCUCUGAAUACAGUGGAGAUGUUAAGAGUGGCCAGUUCUGGGUUAGGUAUUGGACCACAACAGACAAUGCAGAUUGCUGAGAGACUGUACACACAAGGUUACAUCAGUUAUCCAAGAACAGAAACCACACAGUACCCAGAGAACUUUGACCUUGUUGGAACAUUGAAGCAGCAGCAGAACCAUCCAGACUGGGGUAGUGCUGUUAGAGAUCUACUCAAUGAUGGAAUACAGAAACCAAAGAAAGGCAGUGAUGCCGGGGACCAUCCACCUAUUACACCUAUGAAAUCAGCAACAGAGAGUGAGCUGGGACACGAUGCAUUCAGACUGUAUGACUACAUCACUCGGCAUUUUAUUGCUACAGUCAGUCCUGACUGUAGGUAUCUACAAACAGUAGUGUAUUUUGAGGUGGGUGGGGAACAUUUCUCCUUCACGGGCAAGCAGUUGAUAGAUCCUGGCUACACAAGUUUGAUGACGUGGCAAGCUCUCUCCAGUGAUGAAAAAGUGCCAGACUUAAAGAGGGAACAGCAGUGUCCUGUCAAUGAUGUAAAAUUGGUAGAACGACAAACCAGUCCACCAGAUUACCUGACUGAAGCAGAGUUGAUCACACUCAUGGAGAAGCAUGGAAUUGGAACUGAUGCCAGUAUACCUGUCCAUAUUAACAACAUCUGUGAGAGAAAUUAUGUAACCAUCCAAUCUGGGAGGAAGUUAAAACCUACAACACUGGGUGUAGUGCUGGUUCAUGGAUAUCAGAAGACUGGAUUGCCCAUGGGGAAAGCGAACUACCAGGCAGUGUUUUACAAACAUGGGAUCAGUAUAUUUCACCUGAAGUUUAAAUAUUUCGUACAAAACAUUGCUGGAAUGGAUGAAUUGUUUGAAGUCUCAUUCUCACCAUUGGCAGCUUCUGGAAAGCCUUUGUCAAGGUGUGGUAAAUGUCGGAGGUUUAUGAAAUUUAUACAAGCCAAACCAAGUCGGCUACAUUGUUCUUCAUGUGAUGAGACAUAUAAUGUCCCACAAAAUGGCAAUAUCAAAUUGUAUAAAGAACUGAAAUGUCCACUUGAUGAUUUUGAAUUGGUGCUAUGGACUACAGGAGCCAAGGGCAAGACAUACCCACUGUGCCCGUACUGUUUCAACAAUCCCCCUUUCAAGGAUAUGAGGAAAGGUCAGGGCUGUAGUGAGUGUACACAUCCAACAUGCCAGCACUCUGUAGCUCAUACAGGUGUGUCUGAAUGUGUCGAAUGUGAGAAUGGAGUACUUGUUCUCGAUGUUACGUCAGGGCCAAAGUGGAGAAUGGCUUGUAAUAAGUGCAAUGUUGUAAUAAACUUUUUUGAGAAUGCUCACAAGGUGAGUUUAUCAGAAGAUUCAUGUGAAGACUGUGGUUCUAAUCUCAUGGAAGUGGACUUCAGCAAGGGUAAAACUCCCCUGGAAGAUGGUAAAACAGAGCAUACAGGAUGUGUUUUCUGUGACCCAAUCCUAAAGAACCUUGUUGAGAAACAUCAUGCCAAAAUGCGGGUACGAUCUGCUGCAAGUCGAGGUCGUGGUGGUCGUGGACGAGGGCGGGGAGGUCGUGGCAGAGGAAGGGGGCGUGGCAAACCAAAAGACAAAAUGGCACAGCUUGCAGCAUAUUUUGUAUAAAAAACAUUUAGAAUUGUAGAAAAUGUGUACUUUUAUACAUAGUACCUGCUUAAAGUUACUGAAGUCAGACUGUUAUUACAUGGGAAACAUCAGAAUAAUAAAUUACCACUGUUCUUCAGAAGUCUGUUAUGUCAGCUGCGGGCUUUUUGUGGAAUCUUGAUUUCUCCUUUAUGUUGUUUUCAAAACAAGAAAUAAGAAACAUAAAAAUUCUGGAUUCCUUUUCAUAAUCAGUUAUCACCUAUCUGAUUGGUUAAUGGUAAUGUUUUUGCCCUGUCCGUCCGUCCAUACGUCACACUUCAUUUCCGAGCAAUAACUGGAGAACCAUUUGACCUAGAACCUUCAAACUUCAUAGGGUUGUAGGGCUGCUGGAGUAGAUGACCCCUAUUGUUUUUGGGGUCACUCUGUCAAAGGUCAAGGUCACAGGGGCCUGAACAUUGUAAACCAUUUCCGAUCAAUAACUAGAGAACCACUUGACCCAGAAUGUUGAAACUUCAUAGGAUGAUUAGUCAUGAAGAGUAGAUGACCCCUAUCGAUUUUGGGGUCACUCCGUCAAAGGUCAAGGUCACAGGGGCCUGAACAUUGAAAACCAUUUCCGAUCAAUAACUAGAGAACCACUUGACCCAGAAUGUUGAAACUUCAUAGGAUGAUUGGUCAUAAAGCGUAGAUGACCCCUAUUGAUUUUGGGGUCACUCCAUCAAAGGUCAAGGUCACAGAGGCCUGAACAUGGAAAACCAUUUCUGGUCAAUAACUAGAGAACCACUUGACGCAGAAUGUUGAAACUUCAUAUGAUGAUUGUACAUGCAAAGUAGACGACCCCUAUCAAUUUUGGGGUCACUCCAUUAAAGGUCGAGGUCACAGGGGCCUGAACAUUGAAAACCAUUUCCGGUCAGUAACUUGAGAACCACUUCACCCAGAAUGUUGAAACUUAAUAGGAUGAUUGGUCAUGCAGAGUAGAUGACCCCUAACGAUUUUGGGGUCACUCUUUGAAAGGUCAAGGUCACAGGGGCCUGAACAUUGAAAACCAUUUCCGGUCAGUAACUAGAGAACCACUUGACCCAGAAUGUUGAAACUUCAUAGGAUGAUUGUACAUGCAAAGUAGAUGACCCUUAUCGAUUUUGGGGUCACUCCAUUAAAGGUCAAGGUCACAGGGGCCUGAACAUUGAAAACCAUUUCCGAUCAAUAACUAGAGAACCACUUGACCCUGAAUGUUGAAACUUCAUAGGAUGAUUGGUCAUAAAGAGUAGAUGACCCCUUUUGAUUUUGGGGUCACUCCAUCAAAGGUCAAGGUCACAGGGGCCUGAACAUGGAAAACCAUUUCUGGUCAAUAACUAGAGAACCACUUGACACAGAAUGUUGAAACUUCAUAUGAUGAUUGUACAUGCAAAGUAGAUGUCCCCUAUCGAUUUAGGGGUCACUCCAUUAAAGGUCAAGGUCACAGGGGCCUGAACAUUGAAAAUCAUUUCCGGUCAGUAACUUGAGAACCACUUCACCCAGAAUGUUGAAACUUAAUAGGAUGAUUGGUUAUGCAGAGUAGAUGACCCCUAACGAUUUUGGGGUCACUCUUUGAAAGGUCAAGGUCACAGGGGCCUGAACAUUGAAAACCAUUUCUGGUCAGUAACUAGUGAACCACUUGACCCAGAAUGUUGAAACUUCAUAGGAUGGUUGUACAUGCAAAGUAGAUGACCCUUAUCGAUUUUGGGGUCACUCCAUUAAAGGUCAAGGUCACAGGGGCCUGAACAUUGAAAACCAUUUCCGGUCAGUAACUUGAGAACCACUUCACCCAGAAUGUUGAAACUUAAUAGGAUGAUUGGUCAUGCAGAGUAGAUGACCCCUAACGAUUUUGGGGUCACUCUUUGAAAGGUCAAGGUCACAGGGGCCUGAACAUUGAAAACCAUUUCCGGUCAGUAACUUGAGAACCACUUGACCCAGAAUGAUGAUACUUCAUAGGAUCAUUGGUCAUGCAGAGUAGAUGACCCCUAACGAUUUUGGGAUCACUCUGUUAAAGGUCAAGGCCACAGGGGCCUGAACAUGGAAAACCAUUUCUAAUCAGUAACUUGAGAACCUCUCGACCCAGAAUGUUGAAACUUCAUAGGAUGAUUGUUCAUGCAGAGUAAAUGAUCCCUAUUGUUUUUGGGGUCACUCCGUUAGAGGUCAAGGUCACAGGGGCCAGAACAUUGAUAACCAGUUCCGAUCAAUAACUUGAGAACCACUUGACCCAGAAUGUUGAAACUUCAUAGGAUGAUUGAACAUGCAUAGUAGAUGACCCCUAUUGAUUUUGGGGUCAGUCAAUUAAAGUUCAAGGUCACAGUGGCCUGUUCAUGUAAAAUCAUUUUUUCGAAAUAACUUGAGAACCACUUGACCUACAAUGUUGAAACUUAAUAGGAUGAUUGGACAUGCAGAGUAGAUGACCCAUAUUUAUUUUGAGGUCACUUGAUCAAAGGUCAAGGUCACAGGAGCCUGAACAGUGACUUGAGAACCACUAGGCCAAGAGUGUUGAAAUUUAGCAAGAUGACUGGACAUGCCAAGUAGAUGAUCCCUAUUGCAGCCAACCAUCAGUGUCUCUUUGAUUUUCGCUCCUGACCCCUAUUGACUUCUUGCCUAUAGGACUUUGCAUUUUGGGAGACAUGAGCUUUUUUACAAAAGCAUUUUCUAGUUGCCUCCUAUAUUUAUGUUCAAACACUGUUUGUUCUUUAAAAGUCGUGUAAGUUAUUCUUGGUCACUUUUAUUUGGCUUUUAAAGCCAGAAAAGAUGAUAAAAAAAUGAAAAUUGAGGAUGUUUUCACCUGAUCUUUUCGUAGCAACUUUCUGAAUGGAUAUGGACUGGUUAUGGACCAUGACUGGUUAUGAUCUUUUAGCAAUUUUUUUCCUGAUUUGUUAUGGACUUUUAACAACUUUCUGAUUUGUUAUGGACUUUUAACAACUUUCUGGUUUGUUUUGGACAAUCAACAACUUGUGAUCGGUUGUUGACUCUUAACUGGCUAUGGAUUCCUGUUGGUUAUGAACUUAAAGCAAUUCUCUGAGUGAUUAAAAUGGACGUUAUCAACUUCCUAAUUGGUUAUGCAUUCUGAUUGGCAACCCUCUGAUUGGUUAUGGACUUUUAGCAACUUUCAAACUAGUUUUGGACUCUGACUGGUUAUGGACUUGGAUUGGUUAUGGACUGUGGUAAUUUUGCAGGUGAUGAGACACCAUAACAUGUAGGACAUGUAGGAAUCUCAGACUAAAAUUAAUCAUACAUGAUUUUUGAAGAACAGUGAAGAAAGGGUGAUAGAUAUGACAUAUUCAAUACUGGCUGAUUUUAGGCUGCUGUUUGAUUCACCUGUUAUGUAACAAGAUUUUUGUUCCUUUUAUCUCUUUUGAUACUUGUCACAAAAUUGUGGGAAAUUUUUUACUUAAUUUGUCAUGGACAAAUGAAACGUUCAGAAAUCUUAAUUUGAAUGAGAGCAAAAUACAUGUUUGAAAUAUCAUAUGUGUACAAUUUUGGGGAAAAAAUCCUUAUUUUUCAUGAGCCAAAUACUUCCAAUAAGAAUUACCUUUCUUUUGCACCUUUAAUUUGCAUAAUUUUAGAUGUAUUCAAAGUUCAGAAAGUCUGCUAUGCUAUAAAUACAUGCAGAAUAAUGAAUAACUUUAAGUUAACUUUAGAUAAGUUGUUCUUUUGUAGUAAGAACUACAUUAAAACAUGUUAUGGUUUUGAUGAGUUAAGCAGUAGUAGAAGAAAGGAAACACUCAGACGUUUCUUAAAAAUUGAGUACCAUUUAUAAAUGCAAUGUCUCUCUGCAGCUGGGUCUGAAUUAGGUUUUACAGUUAUUAUAUGUUUGUCCUUAAAAGGAAAACAUUGAAACAUGCACUUUGUUUGAUUUAGUCAACUGUUAAGAUACAGUCUUUCUGAGGGUACUUUUGUAUCAGCUUUGUAAUAAAAAAUGAAAACUA